AUGUCACAUUCUCGAGAACCCUCAAAGACCGAUCUUCCUACCCGUGAGAAAGAGCCCAAAGUCGCUGCGGAAAAGAAGAUGGAAAAGAAGCCGGCGCCAGAGAAGGCCAUUGGCAAGAAUGAGGCCAAAGCACCGCAAUCAAAAGGUGGAAAGAAGAAGAAAGAGGGAGCCCUCCUGAUUGGCAUCGACGUAUCCAAAGACGUAGACUUUCCAGAGUGGUAUCAACAAGUCCUCCUCAAGGGUGAUAUGCUGGACUACUAUGACAUCUCGGGUUGCUACAUCCUCAAACCAGCGUCGCAAUUUGUCUGGGACGAAGUGCGCGCUUGGUUCGACCAGAGAAUCAAGAAGAUGGGGGUGAAGAAUUGCUCCUUCCCACUGUUCGUCUCUGAGGAUGUGCUCUCUCGAGAGAAGGACCAUAUCGAAGGCUUCGCAGCCGAGGUUGCGUGGGUGACACAUGGAGGCAGCACCAAGCUCGAGAAGAAGAUUGCCAUUCGUCCCACCUCCGAGACAGUCAUGUACCCAUACUAUGCCAAAUGGAUUCAGAGUUAUCGCGACUUGCCUCUGAAGUUGAAUCAAUGGAACUCGGUGGUCCGAUGGGAGUUCAAGCACCCUCAGCCCUUCCUAAGAACAAGAGAGUUUCACUGGCAAGAAGGUCACACCGCUCAUCUGACGGAGCAAGAGGCCGGGAAGGAAGUCCUGGAGAUUCUAGAUCUCUAUGCCGACAUUUACGAACAGCUCCUUGCGGUUCCAGUGAUCAAGGGCAGAAAGACGGACAAGGAGAGAUUUGCUGGAGGUCUCUACACGACUACCGUUGAAGGCUACAUUCCAACAACAGGGCGGGGUAUUCAAGGCGGUACUUCUCAUUGUUUGGGUCAGAACUUCAGCAAGAUGUUUGGCAUCACAGUUCAGGAUCCAAAUGCGAAGACGGAGGAAGAGAAGAAGAACCAACUGCAUGUCUGGCAAAACUCCUGGGGUCUAUCGACUCGAGUGAUUGGCGUCAUGGUUAUGAUUCACGGUGACGACCGGGGUCUUGUCAUGCCUCCUCGCGUCGUCGAAACACAGGUGGUUAUUGUUCCAGUCGGUGUUACUGCGAAAACCACGGAUGAGGAACGAGACGCGCUCUACGGCGAGAUCAAUGGCCUGGUCGAAGUCCUCAAGGCGGCAAACGUUCGGGCUCUGGCGGAUCUCCGUGAAGGGUACUCUCCAGGAUUCAAAUUUAACGACUGGGAGUUGAAGGGCGUCCCACUUCGACUCGAAUUCGGCCCCGGUGAGAGCAAGGGUCACUAUGUGACCACGUCCCGACGAGACUUGCCCAAGGCGGAGAGCAAGGGUCAGAUUGCCAUCAGCGAGCUCAACACUGCCGUUCCGGAGCUGCUCGAGACGAUUCAAAAGGACUUGUAUGACCGAGCCAACGCUAAGUACAAGUCUCACAUCAAACAAGUGACGAAUUGGGAUGAUUUCGUGCCAACCCUGAACGAGAAGAACGUGAUUCUGAUGCCGUUCUGUUUGGCCGAGUCAUGCGAGGACCAGAUCAAGGAAAUGAGUGCACGCAAGGCCGAGGAACAGAGUGGCGUCCCGCAGGAUGAGCGUGCUCCUAGUAUGGGAGCCAAAAGCCUGUGUAUUCCAUUCGACCAGCCAGCGGGAAUCGAAAAGGGAGUCACAAAGUGCGGGAACCCCAAAUGCUCAAGUUUUGCAGAGGCAUGGUGUAUGUUUGGGCGGUCAUACUAG